AUGGAGGCUUAUCGGCAUGCGCACCAGGCGCAUAAUCGCACCAGACAUCUGACCAAGUUGUAUUCCGACGCAAAGAAAAGCGCACUCACGAACCUCCAGGUCCAAUCUGCCGCCAAUGCGCAAUUCGCCUCCUUGCACAGGAAAUAUCGCAUCCAGAAGGAUCGACUGAUCACCUGGGGACUGGAAUGGAGCGACGGCGAGAAGGGCCCGGAUGGCGCUAUCGAUGAUGCUGUCGCCAAAGCUGGACUCACCGAGACGGUGGAAAGUGUUAUGCGCAACAUACAGGAGGUCUUUGACGAGUCGGAGCGCAUGAAAGCGGCCAGCGUAACGCCGAUGAUCAAGCCAGGCGAGAAGAUUCCUCAGCAGCCUGUUGAGUUUGAUGCGGCUCGAUAUCAGGACCUUUUGCACGACUUGACUACUUCCAUUGACACAUUAUACGAUCUUUCUCAAAACCGGAGAGCGCUUGCGCGAGGCGAGCACCCGACAUUCGAGGAUCCUCUGACAGAAGAGGCCGCGCUCUCCGAUCAUGUGGAGGAGGCAAGCGUUGGCAAGAAGAAAGAGAUACCUCGCAAGAGCGUCUUGCGGACCCCAAGCUAUGCUUCCUAUGCUUCGUCUGAGAUGACGCUAGUAAAUCCCACCUUUGCCAGGCCGAGCUUAUCUCCCUAUGCAGGUCUACCUGCCCGGAUCGAAGUAUCCGCGUUGAGACUACCAAACGAAGGACCACCGCCUUACGAGGCUAUCGGAGUACCAUCAACGACUCGAAUGGUCGCCCUCCUCGCGCGGAGGAACAUCUCGGAGAGCGUCCAAAAUGCACUCGGUAGUCCAGCGCCCGAGGUACCAGUCUUGGUAGAGUACGCCAACUUCGAUGCCGCAUAUCGCGCGACUGGAGUGCCGCCUCCGCUUCAGCGUCUCGAAGCACUGGCGGCCUGCUUUCAGCCAAUGCGCGCGGACUCCCAGACGAACCUGAGCUUACUUGGGUACUUUGAGGACGCCAUUCAGCCGCGAAUUGGGCUUGUCUAUGACUUACCAUACUCAAUACAGAACAGACUGCAAGCUGGCAGUCGAUCUGAGCCGCUCGUCCCACUCAGCCUUCUGAAGCUCGUACAAAAGGCCAACAAGUCGCAGAAUGCGGGACCCGAAGUGCCGCCCCCUGCGCUUGAGCACCGAUUCCGCAUGGCGUUGCGGCUCACAGAGCAGUUGCAUUCACUACACAGCCGGGAACUCGCACACGGCAACAUCAACAGCAGCAGCAUCAUCUUCACAACCACUGCCAACGAGCCAGAGCCGAGCCGAAUAGAGGCGCUCAGGAAACCUCUCUGGGCAUCGUUCGACCUUUUCUCAAAGUGUACCAUUGAAGGCGUGCGGCGAGCAACAGACUUCAACAUUUACCGCCAUCCCCAUGAUGAGUCCAAUAGUGUAAACCGUGACUUUCCCACUGACAUGAAAUACGAUUUCUAUGGGUUGGGCCUGGUGUUGCUCGAAGUUGGUCUGUGGACUCCGAUUAGCGAGCUCUACAAGUCGAAGUAUACGCUUCCUGAUUUCAAGCUGCGCCUGGAGAAAAUUUGGAUUCCCAAAUUGGCUGCGAAGUGCGGUUCGGCCUACAUGCGCGCCGUCGAGACCUGCUUGCGGCUGUCGGACGACACAGAUAGCUCGAGGCUUACUGUUGAAGGCAUCUAUGGAAUUCUGUUGCAAUUCUUGAAGCGAUGCUGCUUACUGGAUGACGUUGGAUCCUCGACAGAACUCAUCCCAGCCUCAGAGCUUACAUUUGCACCCAAUUCGCCUGUGCUAUCAAGCUUCAGGUCACGAAGAAGGUUCCUUCCGACGCCAGAGAGAAGCUCCCUUGCUAGGCACCAGACCGAUCCCUCAGAUUUCCUGAGGAACGAAUCGAUAUCAACAAACGCAUCCGCAGUGGCUGCGCAGAGGAUGAGUUGGCUACCUACAAUACCAGCCGGCGUUGCGUCAACCGCUGCUGCUCCAUUGAGCCGGACCGUAGCAAAGGAAAGCGCCACCCAAGUGCGUGAUCAUCUGAAGGAAAGGUUACAAUCGACGAAUUCGCCGUCUCUGCGAGACUUCAAACGGCGAGUAAGAAUCUUGCAGCAAGCCUGGAGAGAACGUUGUGCCGCCAAGAAAGAGAGAUCAAAAAUGGCAAGUGAUCAAGCUCGGAUGGGCUCCGAUAACUUGCGGACCUCGCGAUCGAAACCCAAGCGCGAAGAAUUCCCUGACGUGAAGCUUCCGGAAGACAUCUUGGCCCACUGGCAGUCUACCAUGUGCUUCCAAUUGCAGAGGCUCGUGGAAAAGGCUCUCAAGGGGUCUCCUGAGACUAGCUCCAUCCGACUCCUGCCUUAUGGCGAGAGCCCCGAAACUGCAAAGCCGACUCUCAUGGUGGGUUGUACUUCCACUGCCAAAGUGAAGCACGCUCUCAAGCGUCACUUCAAGUACGACGCCAACGUCUACGACGUGAGAGUGAGAAAGGAAGUCAUCAGGCGAUGCAGACGAGGGCGGCGACAUCGCGAGUCGGACGUUUCUCGAAGCACGGCUCCGAUGCAUGAUCCCUCGGCCGAGAAAGCUGCAAAUCCUGACUAUCAAGAACGACCUCUUUGUGGAGCGUCAAUUGGAGCUUUUCGCUACGAGGAGCACCUGCCGCCCGUGUCUUUUGGGGGUGUGAUCAUGGUGGAUGGGCGGCCGUACGGGAUGAGCGUUCAUCACAUGCUGGAGCCUGAGGAGGAGUCAGACGAUGAGGAAGGACAAGCUGAUGCUGGUGCUGAUGACGACUCGGAGACUUCUAGUCUUGGUGGUGGCUCUGAUGAUGACGGCCUUUCAGACGAGGACGAUCUGAGCACGGUACGCCCACCAUCAACUCAUUCAUCUGAUGACGAGCCAGCACCAAUGAGCGACACCGCGGGAGACUGUCCGGGUAUCCUGCCUGGCGACAUGGAAGAAAUCGCCAUCACGCAACCCGCUCUUGACGACGCCAUUGACUGCAACCUCCACGCCGAAGAGGAUGACGAGGACGAAGACGACUCCGGCAUCGACGAAGACCAUCUCCUCUCUUUCAAGCUCGGCCAAGUCCACGCUUCCUCCGGUCUCCGACGCACAGUCAAAUCUCACGACGGCGGCUUCAAAAGUAUCAGCCAAUCCCUUCCGCAGGAAAUCGACUGGGCACUCUUCGAACUCCUUCCACCUCGCGUCCAUCCCUACAACAUCAUCAAGGGAGGCAUGAAACACUGCGCCGCCGCCGGUGACCGAAGAGGCAAUUCCGUGCCCGUUGCCGUCAAGAGCAGCUCCGACCUGGCAUGCGCUAAAGUCCACUGUCUCGGCCGCACGAGCGGUCUAGGCAGCGGUACCGUCUCCACCACCAUGGAACUCGUCAAGAUCCACGGUCGCAGCACUUUCUCCGCGAGCUGGACUGUUGCGGGGAAUUUCGGAAUUGGCGGUGAUUCUGGAGCCUGGGUCAUCAGCAAUGAAGAUGGCAAAGUCUGUGGACAUGUCCUUGCGUCGAAAACGGGGAGGACGUAUAUCUGUCCGAUGGAUUUGUUAUUGGAGGAUAUUCGGGCCACGCUUGGCGCGGAGGAUGUUACUUUGCCUGUCGUUAGAGCGGGAAGUCGACCAGGUAGUAGUAAGAGCGAGGAGAGAGUUGUGGAGGAUGCUGUGAAGAGGAUUAGGAUUCAGGAAGCGGAACAUUGUGUUGGUGGAGGUGUGGCGUUGCCUGCUAGUCCUGUGCGAGCUUCGACGCAUAGGACUGUUGAUCCGGUUGGUUAG